CUGGCUCCUUAUUCCUGGUUGAGGUUGGUUGAUUGAUUGGAUGUAGGCUGAUGCCACAAUUCCUCCUCUCGACUCUCGACUCUCUCGACGAGGAACCCAUAAUUUUGUUGCUCUCUCCCUCUCUUCUCUUCUGAAUACGGUACCAUCAUCAUCUAACAAACAACCAUGAGCAGCGCGAACGAUGAGCAACCACGGGAUGUCGAGGCCGACGUGAAAGGACCGGAACCCACAGACACAGACAAGUCGGGCAACAUCAGCAAUGACCAAGGAGAAGUCGUUGUCAAGAAAGAAGGACCUAUGAUCAGCACUAAUGCCAAAGUGCUCACGUUUCUCGCUCUCGGAACGGUGGUCACGAUGCUCAUUCUCAUUAUACUGGCAGCGACAGGUCAAUUUGAUUCCGAGUAAAUCAAAUGGCAAGAGAGAAGACGCGAUGACGCGAUCUUCAGAGGAGAAGCAGAACUCUAUUUGUUAUGGUGCCAAGAAGAUACCAUGUAUUGAAAUUCCAAAAGUAUAAACUUCUAAACUAAGAAUAAUGAUGAGUGCAUCUUCACGUAGC